AAUUCAGACAGUACCUUUUCUUAUUUGCAGGAAUGAAAUGAACUUUUGUUAGUUAUGAAUCGCAGAGGCAUUAACGCAAAUACAAACUUAAAUUCACAAUCAGUCAUGGAUGAUGCCAGUUGGAAAAACGUAAAUGUGCCCGAAAAUCCUUCAAUGAUGGGUGGCGGGGGAAAUAAUCCCUCAUUAAAUCCCGAUGGUUCUAACCAGGGCGGUUUCGCGCAAGGAAAUAUGCCUUACGGUGGCUCAAAUACACCGUAUUCGCAAGGAGGACAAAAUUCGCCUGCCGGUAAUCAACCACUUGUAUUUCCAAACGCUAACCCAACUGGUUCCAAUACACCACAAUAUACAUCAUCCCCGGCACCUUCCGGUUCUUCAACGCCCGGACCCGUUUCGCAACAAAAUAUGUCGGGUCCAUAUCCACAACCAUCUAAUUCUGGAAAUUUCAAUGGUCCUGUAGGCGGCCCAUUUGGUUCUCCUUCAUCUGGAAUGGGUCAGUUCAGCCGACCCGCUAGUUCCGGGACACCGUUCAAUAGUCAGGGAGGACACUUUCCCGGACAGGCUGUAUUUAAUGUUGGCGGUCAGUUCAAUUCAAUGCCACCAGCCUCCGGAUUUGGUCAUGGUGGCGGCCACCCGAUGAUGGGAGGACCUCAAAUGGACCGCAUUGAUCCGGGAUAUAGAAGACAUAAUUCCUACUUCAGUCACACCGAACAUAGAGUCUUUGAAAUGAAUAAAAGAUUGCAACAAAGAACUGAAGAGAGCGACAACUGUUGGUGGGAUUCGUUCACAACAGAAUUUUUUGAAGAUGACGCCAAGCUAACGGUUUUAUUUUGCCUGGAAGAUGGACCCAAACGUUAUACUAUCGGCCGCACACUGAUUCCCAGAUUUUUCCGCAGCAUUUACGAAGGAGGAGUAUCCGAUUUAUACUUCCAAUUGAAACACGCCAAGGAAUCAUUUCACAAUACAUCAAUAACAUUGGACUGUGAUCAGUGCACCGUUAUAACCCAACAUGGUAAGCCGUUCUUCACCAAAGUCUGUGCAGAUGCCCGUCUCAUAUUGGAAUUUAUGUAUGACGAUUACAUGCGAAUAAAAUCAUGGCACAUGACAAUCAAGGGCCACAGGGAACUUAUACCUAGAUCAGUAAUUGGAACUUCUUUACCAUCGGAUCCAAUGAUUCUUGAACAAAUUACUAAAAAUAUUACAAGGGCUGGAAUCACUAACUCUACGUUAAAUUACCUACGGCUUUGUGUCAUUCUGGAGCCAAUGCAGGAAUUAAUGUCACGACACAAAGCAUAUGCGCUAAGUCCACGCGAUUGUUUAAAGACGACCCUUUUUCAGAAGUGGCAAAGAAUGGUCGCACCCCCUGGGAAAAAAGACCCGCAGAGGCCGGCCAACAAAAGGCGCAAAAGAAAGGGGUCAAACUCGGGCGGGGGCGCAAACGCAAACACGCCACCAGUGAGUAAUCAAAAGCGUUCUCCGUCCGGUCACAAUUUCUCGCUGUCAUCACAAGACGUCAUGGUUGUAGGAGAACCCACAUUAAUGGGUGGUGAGUUUGGCGAAGAGGACGAACGUCUAAUAACUCGGCUGGAAAAUACACAGUAUGACGGUUCAAACACAAUGGACCAUGAAAAUCACACAGGUUUCGGACAUUCAGAUUCACCAAUAUCUGGUGCAAAUCCUUGGAACAUGGAUCGGUCAGGUGCAAUACCAGCUAGUCCCGGAAGUGGGUCGGUGCAGAACAAUACCAAUAUGUCCGACAUAGACAAAAAGAGCCCGAUAGUCUCUCAAUAAA